AUGUGGAAGGCGUCAGAUAAAUUGAUGGCCACCAUCAAGCACUAUGCAAGCUUCCCCGCAACUGGUGUUUCGCUCCGACAGAUGGUGCAAUUCGGCGAGACUCCGUCUCCUGGCACCCUGUUUAGAGCUUCGCAAUUUCUCUCUGAGGAGCUGCCGAUCCGUCUCGCACACCGCGUCGAGGAAUUGAACCACCUUCCCGAUGGACUGAACGAGAUGCCCUCAAUCAAGAAAGUGAAGGACUGGUAUGCGCAGUCAUUUGAGGAAAUCAUCAACGUCCCCAAACCGUCUCUUAGCGAAGAAGUCAAAGCACACCUCAUCCGCCCAAUGCGAAAUCACGGAAAAGAAAUAAAACCUCUCAGCGAAACAACCUGGAAUCCGAGCAUACGAGAAGGACAAUAUCGAUCAUCUCCGGAUUCCGCUAUAGCCCUCAACGGCAAGGAAAACCACGAUGCACAGCACCAUAAAGGCACAAAUGGAAAUGGAAAAGGGAAAUUAAUAUUGUCGCGGCGGUAUUUUKUCCCCGCUGAUGACUAUGCGGAUUGGCCGCCCGAGAUUGAUGCCUAUAAUCAACGAUUUGGAAAGACGCUACAACAAAUCAAGCGAAGGCACGAUGGAGUUGUCACAACUGUGGCGCAGGGUAUACUAGAAUACAAACGCAAGCGACAACGGUUACAGAUUGACUCGAGGAUACAAGCAUUUCUGGACCGAUUCUAUAUGUCGCGUAUCGGAAUCCGUAUGUUGAUCGGACAACAUAUUGCGUUGACAGAACAGACACAUGCCCAUCACCCUAAUUACGUCGGAAUUAUAUGUACAAAGACAAACAUCCGCGAAGUCGCUAUGGAAGCGAUUGAGAACGCACGGUUCGUGUGCGAAGAUCAUUAUGGACUAUUUGAAGCGCCUAAAGUGCAGUUGAUCUGCAAGCCAGACCUGAAUUUCAUGUAUGUGCCAGGUCAUUUGUCACACAUGUUAUUCGAAACUCUCAAAAACUCGCUACGAGCCGUCGUCGAGGCUCACGGCGCCGAAAGGGAUGAUUUCCCCGUGACCAAAGUCAUUGUCGCAGAGGGUAGAGAGGAUAUCACAAUCAAGAUCUCGGACGAAGGUGGCGGUAUCCCCCGAUCAUCUAUCCCGUUGGUAUGGACAUAUAUGUAUACAACAGUGGACCAAACCCCAAGUCUGGACCCGGAUUUUGACAAGAGCGAUUUCAAGGCUCCUAUGGCUGGAUUUGGCUACGGAUUACCAAUCAGUCGACUAUAUGCGAGGUAUUUUGGCGGAGAUUUGAAGCUGAUUUCCAUGGAGGGUACGCGGAGUACUCCUCACAUCCGGCUCAACUCAGGCCGUCAUGAACCCUUCGUUGAUAUGGAAGAUGAUGGACGGGAACGGCUCAAACAUACACUCUCAGCACGAUCUAUGCGCCGCUCACCAGUUCCAGCAAUUAUCAGACAUUCGGCAGCGCCAACAACGGCAGCAUCAACACUUGUAGAAGGGGCCGGAGGAGGUGCACUGAGCGAUGGUGGACUGAUCUCACCACCCCUGAUAUCCCCCACCGAAUCCUCAGAACUCCUCUUCCCACCACCCCGCAAAGUGCGACGCUCUCGCAAAAGUCCAGAUCGCUCUAAAUCGCCUUCUGUGAUGUCCUACCGCCGUACCAGCUGGGACGACUCGCACUCGGACCUGAGCCGGGACAGUCGCGGAUUCCCAUUUGACCCCUUUGCGGAUUCAAGAGCACCCUCUCAUGCGAGCAGUGAUGACGAGAAUGUGAAUACGCAGACAGUUUCGGAAAAGUAUAAUAUUAUGCCGACGGAAGGGCUGUUGCUUUUCCCGGAGGAUGUUGAGAAGGAUGAUUACUUGCAUAAUCCUGAUCCGGCGGACAGGGAGAGGGAUUGCGAUAUAUGUAAUACGAGGGGACUGGUUAAUGUGGGUGGAUUGGCGUUGUUGGUGACGGGGAUUGUGGCGCUGUUUAUUAUUUACCCUGUUACGACAUUUGUGGACGGCGUCAUCCAAGGCGCUCGAGACCCAUGCACACUGGACCMGAUGUGUAUUUCAAUGACAAGACCGCUCUUGAAGAACAUCAGGACUGGUCUUAUUGAUCCUACAACGCCAAAGUCGGCCAUGACGAAAAAGGCGGCUGAUGGUACUGAGUGGCAGCUUGUCUUUUCCGACGAGUUCAAUACUCCUGGAAGAACGUUCUACGAAGGCGAUGAUCCGUUCUUCCAGGGGGUGGAUCUGUGGUACGGCGUGACUCAGGAUUUAGAGUGGUACGACCCGGACGCAAUCUCAACAUCCGACGGUGUCCUCGAAAUCCAGUUCGACAGCUACGACAAUCACAACCUCGGUUUCCGAUCUGGCAUGCUUCAAUCCUGGAAUCAGAUGUGUUUCUCUGGCGGCCGUUUAGAGGCUAGUAUCUCCCUCCCUGGUCGAGGCGACACAUCCGGUUUCUGGCCCGGUUUCUGGGCAAUGGGUAACCUGGGACGAGCAGGGUAUGCAGCGACUACAGAUGGGAUGUGGCCAUAUAGUUACGAUGAUGUUUGCGACGUGGGCAUCACGGCAAAUCAGAGCUCAACGGAUGGAUUGAGCUUUUUGCCUGGUAUGCGUUUACCGGCUUGUACUUGUCCGGGAACGGAUCAUCCUUCGCCUGGGAGGUCGAGGGGUGCGCCGGAAAUCGAUGUUAUUGAGGCUAGUGUGACCGUGCUCGAUGAGAUGCAGGAUCGGAUUGGUGUGGUCUCUCAGAGUCUACAGUUGGCGCCGUAUGACAUAUGGUACUUGCCUGAUUACGACUUCACUGCCGUCUACAACCCAUCCGUCACAACCAUCAACACCUAUCGUGGCGGCCCCUUCCAACAAGUCGCCUCCGGUCUCACCAACCUCAACAACAACUGGUAUGACGGCAAAGAAUACCAAAUCUACGCUUUCGAAUACGCGCCCGGCUCCAAGGGGAACGUAACCUGGUUCGUCGGCAGCGAAAAAACCUGGACCAUCGACGCCCAAGCUGUUCGACCCAACGGCAACAUCGGCCAGAGAGUGAUCCCCAUGGAGCCCAUGUACCCAAUUCUGAAUUUUGGUAUAUCGCCAUCGUUCGCGAUGCUGAAUUGGACGGGUCUCCAGGAAACGUGGCCUGCUACGAUGAGGGUGGACUAUAUUCGGAUUUACCAGGAUCCGAACGAGAUUAGUAUUACGUGUGAUCCGGCAGGUUAUGAGACGACGGAGUAUAUUAAACAGCAUGCGAACGCAUAUCAUAAUUCUAAUUUGACUUUGUGGUCGCAAACUGGGUAUGACUGGCCCAAGAAUUCAUUCGUUGAUGGAUGUUAA